AUGUCAGCCCCUCAAACAGAAGCUUCGAUCCCCUCUGGGUCGCGACCCCCGCGUGCUCCUAGAUCCAGGCGCAGAGGGCGGGGUUCUGGAACCCGUGAAGGUCAACAACAGCGACCUGCUGCUGGAGGCGAAGGUCCAGCGACGACACAGACGCAACCUCCUCCCCCUACCUCGCAACCGGCUCCAGUCACUCAACAGCCCGUCAAUUCAAACGAUACGUCUCGCCCGCGGAGAGGAAAUAGAGAAGGCGGAGGGCGGAGAAACCGGGGUAAUGCGCCUCCACGAGGACAGGGUCAAAAUGCUAGACAGGAGGUCCAUGAAUCACGGGCGCCUGCUAGAAGUCGCGGCAUGAGAGCGCGCGGCUUUGAAGCUCAAUUGACGCGACCUGGUCCGGCCUCGGAUGACGGUGCGGGGCAUUUCAAUGAUCAGUCACUUAGAGCUGACGUGCCGGAUUUCGUACCUGGUAUGCCGACGGCACCAUCCGGACAACCAUCAAGACAGUCGAAUAAGGGAAAGGGAAGAGCUAGAGCGCCGCCCCCACCGAAGGUCACCACCAAAUCAACGGCCGACGAUCUCGCCACACGAAUCCACGAAGACGUCUCUCACAAUCUGUAUGAAUGUCCUAUUUGUUGCAGCGAGUUGGGCCGCAGAUCCAAGGUCUGGUCUUGUGAGCUAUGUUGGACGGUUUUCCACUUGACCUGCGUCAAGAAAUGGUCUAAAAACGAGGGUGCAGCUGCCCAGAGGGCUUCUGGUCUAGAAGAUGGACAGGAAAGUGUUACACCUCGUGCUUGGCGUUGUCCUGGCUGCAAUCUUUCGCAUCAGAAUUUCCCUUCCAAUUACACCUGUUGGUGCGAGAAGGAAGUUGAUCCCAGGCCACUUCCCGGUCUGCCCCCACACUCUUGUGGCCAGACCUGCUCUCGACCUCGCAAAGGCUGUCCUCACCCCUGUGAUUCGACUUGUCAUGCUGGUCCUUGUACGCCUUGCACCGCCAUGGGCCCGACACAGGACUGUUUCUGUGGUUUGAACUCGACGAAGAAGCGAUGCCAGGAUACUGAUUAUGAAAAUGGUUGGAGCUGUGGUGAGAUCUGUGGUGACUUACUGCCAUGUGGAGAACACACAUGUCCUCUGCCGUGUCAUGAGGGCCUUUGUGGUCGUUGUGAAGUCGAUAUCGAGGGCCGUUGUUAUUGCGGCAAGCUGCAGACGGAAAUGCUGUGCAGUUCUAAGGAUGAUGAGAAAGACAGUCGAAUCGUUCGUGAAGAUGGUACUGAGGACGAAUGGACUGGCUGCUUUGGUUGUGGAGAUACUUGUGGUCGUCCAUUCGAUUGUGGUGUACAUUCAUGCCAGAAAGGCUGCCAUCCACAGGACUCACAUCCUGCCCAUUGCCCACGGUCACCAGAUGUCGUUGACCGUUGCGCUUGUGGUAAAACGCCACUUUCCGAGAUUUCAGGGUACACACCUCGAACCUCUUGUGAAGAUCCGAUUUUGAAUUGCGACAAACCAUGCGGCAAGAUCCUGCCGUGUGGUCAUGCUUGCCAGCAGCUGUGCCAUAUCGGACCCUGUCGCGCUUGCAUGCUCCGUGUGAACAUCAAGUGUCAGUGCGGCCGUACUGAUAACAUGAGUAUAUGCCACCAAGGUGUCAUUGAACCUCCCCAGUGUCCACGCCAAUGCAAGGCGACGCUACAUUGUGGUCGCCAUACUUGCACUGAAAGAUGCUGUCCAGGAGAGCAGAAGGCAAUUGAACGUCAAGCGGCGCGUCGCAAGCUUAGGUCACACCUUCGCCCUGCUGAAGAGGACAUUGAGGCUGAACAUAUAUGUACCCGCAUCUGUGGUCGCACGCUGAAAUGCGGACGACACACUUGUCCAGAACUUUGUCACAAGGGUGCAUGCAAUACCUGUAGAGAGGCCAUCUUUGAAGAGAUUGCGUGUAACUGCGGAAGAUCUGUUCUGUAUCCACCACAGCCAUGUGGCGCGAAGCCGCCGCCUUGUCACUAUCCUUGUGAACGUCCAAAGACUUGUGGACAUCCCCAGGCUGCGCAUAAUUGCCAUACCGAUGAGGAGAACUGUCCCAAGUGUCCAUUCUUGACUGAAAAGGCUUGCCUCUGUGGCAAGCAGGUUCUGAAGAACAUUCCCUGUUGGUUGGCAGAUGCCCGCUGUGGCCAGGUCUGUAAGCAGCCGCUCAAGUGUGGCUCUCACUUCUGUCGAAAGGACUGUCACCGUCCCGGUGAUUGCGAAGAUGCUACCAAGCCUUGCACCCAAGCUUGUGGUAAGACCAAAACCAUUUGUGGACACCCUUGCCUCGAUACAUGUCAUGCACCUUACGCAUGCCCUGAGAAGACGCCAUGCUCGGCCAUGCUCACAAUAACAUGUGGUUGUGGACGACUUCGGCAGCAAAGACGUUGUGGUGCUGCAAAGGCUGUCACAUCUAAGGGCCAGAUACAGUCUCCUCAACGCCAGCCAGAGCUUACACCUCUGUCCUGCGACGACGAAUGCACCCGUCUUGAACGGAACCGCACUUUGGCUUCCGCUCUAGGCGUCGAUAUCAACCAACAAACCACAGCACAAACCAUCACUGCGGAAAACCUCCCCUACUCAGAGGAGACUCUCAAUCAGUACAUCAAGCUUGCCUCUUCGUCGCCGCUCGCAACUCUUCAAACUAUUGAAUCAAACCUUCACUCCUUGGCUGUAGCCGACAAAUCAACUCGAUCAUUCCGCUUCCAGCCUGCCAAACCCACCCUCCGUGCAUUCUCACACUCCCUCGCCACAGACUGGGGCUUCGUGACAGAAAGCCACGACCCAGAACCCCACCGACAUGUUUUCGUCCUUAAGCCAGUAGCCUGGACACCUCCCCUGUUCGGCAUGGGAAGCAGCUCCACAAUCGGUAUCGGCGGCAUGAGUGUACGCGAAUGCGUCAAGCUUCGCGAGCGAGAGCGUACUAAGGAGCAAGAGGCUCGACGAGUCGCCGCUCUCGAAGCAAAGGCAGCUCGUGAAUCCAUCAAAGCACAGGCGAACGCUGGAGAUGGUUGGGCUCAAGUUGCUUCGAGGAGCAAGAGUGGCAGCGGUGCUAGCACGAGGAGCAGCACACCUCUUCAGAACUCAUUCGUGAGCAAGUCUAUUUUCUCUGCUCUUGAUGGUGAUGGGGGUGCUAAGAAGGAACGUCUGGUUCUUCGCUCUGGUGUUGGUACUGGCAAGUCCCUGCGUGCUAAGCAGCCUACUCCGGAAGUUGUUGAUAAUUGGGAAGAUGCUGAGGAGGCGGCGGAGGAGAAAGAUGAACUAGCGGAGGAGGGACGGGAGCGGGAAACAGUUGCUCAUGAGGACCCUCAGGGCGAGCCCGAAGCCGGGGCCGGGGUCGAAUCCGAUGCUCCUAAGGAAGAUGACCCGACUCCAGCUCCAGCUCCAGCUGAGGAAGCCCCAUCUACUACAGAUGUUGCUAUUUAA